CACAUCGAGCCCCUCAAGGUUUGAAUCAAACUUUGCAAGUUUUUUGGUUGUCAAUCAGUAGCUAUAGCUGGACAGUUAUGAUUGAGCAAUUGCAUAGUGAGUGUUGUAUGCUUGGCUAAUUUUUUGCUCUGAGGGAAAGAGAAGACAAUUCCAAGAUGAAUGGACUGUCUGGAUGAGAGCCACCACGAGUGAAGCCAGUAGAAGGGAGCAGUAACUGGGGGAAAGGUAAUUCCAGCUGUGGGCAAUCGCGACCACCUACUCCAAACAGACCCCAGACUCAAACGGGCAGAACCAUGCUUGUGUACUGAUUAGCAUGACAAGUGAGACGUAGGACUAGCAAAUAGGGGGCCGAAUGCUAAUUAGUAGAAAGAUUGCGCAAUUUGUAGCCGAUGCCUAUGCCUUUGUUAAAACCUAAUAAACAGUGUAAAGUCUUGAUGACCUCGCCUUUCGUGCGUUACCACCUAGCUCCCUGCUUUGCGCAAACCGGAACAGAACAAAGCCGCAGCUCGCUCCGAAUUGUAGGUGAUGAUGAUGGAGGAAAGCUCUUUACUCCUGAGGAAUAUGAGGAGUACAAAAGAAAAGUAUUACCAGCUCGGCUACAGAACAGGUUGUAUGUGAGCUGGAGGUCACCAACUGGCAUGGACUGUAAGCUUGUGGGACCAGAGACACCCUGCUUUUGCACUCACCGGUAUAAACAACACAAAACAGACUAUGAGGUGCUUCCCAAAGAGCGCCCCAUCCCUGUGCCUUGCAGAGUGAAGCGUUGCCCGUGCCAGUCCUACCAGUUUGUGCCCCUGAACGGCACCCAGCCCAUCCGCUGCCGCUGCAAGCACUUCCCUGAGCAGCACAGCGCGGCGCCCGGCUUUCCCUGCAACUCCUGUUCCAAGUGUUCAGGCUUUCAUAGCUGCUUUACCUGUGCAUGUGGCCAGCCAGCAUAUGCUCACGAAACAGUUGUGGAAACAAAAGAGGAGCGCUUAGCCCAAGGGAAGCCCGUGGGGCAGGAUGUUCCUUACGCUGCUAUGGGAGGGCUGACUGGCUUCAGCUCACUAGCUGAAGGCUACAUGAGGCUCGAUGACAGUGGAAUAGGUGCUCCUUCUGCUGAACUUUUAGAAGCCCCCAUUACUAGCAUGGAUCAUCCAUUUCUAAAAGCAUUUCAGGGGCCUUCAAGUUCCUCUCAAACCAUGCCACAAAUAGCAGGUAGUUCAAGUGGCACAGGGCAAGUUUCUCUUGGAAAACAGUCAGAAGCUGAUGACAUGGCUUACUUUGAAAAACGUUAUCAAGAACGGCUGAAAAUGGAGAAAGCUGCUAAACGGAAAGAGAGGAAUCCAGUGCCAUCAAAGAAGCCUGAGAUUAAUAAAUAAAUAUUUAUUAUUUGGCACAUUGUUCAUUAUUGCAUUGAGUAUUUUUCACUGUGCCUACCCUGUAUUUAUUCACUUAUUUAUUGUUUUGUUCCUUUGCCAAAAUUAAUUUUUAAUUAUCUCAUUGUAAUAAAACUGGUUAUUUAAUCAGUGUGUUUCUAAUCUCCAGAACUCUUACACAGACAUUUAUUUGAGAAUGGAGAAUCAUAUUUAGGGAGUUGCAGGUCUGAAGGUUAAAGGUCUGAGAGGGUAAGAUCUGAGAGAAUAACCUUGUAUUUAAAUAUUAGGUUGUAAGAGGGCAAAGAAAAGAUAUAUCAUUCUUAGACUUUUAUGACAUGUUUUCUUUGGAUUUUGUGUAGUGAGAUUUGUUCUGCUAAUAUUGACAUUUUAAUAUUUUCUUUAAAUCUUUUUCCCUUUUCCGUUAAUUUCAUCUCCUUGGCAUAAAAUUCAAACAUAUCCUUCUUCUCUCACACUUCUGUAGGUUCUGUUCUUGUCACCAUAUAAAUAUUUGUUUAAAAUAUGACACUCUGUACACUUGCAAACCUAUUUCCACAUUUAUGAGCUACUUGAAGGGAUUUUACUUGUAUACUUUAUCCCAGAUUUCUCUGGUGGUACCAGAGAAAUUCUCCCAAUUCCGUUUGUCUGUUACUGUCCAUAACAAUUAUUACACUAAACUUCUGAAAACCUUAAGUGGAAAUAGAUACGUUAUUUGUAGCAUGUAAAGCAAUAAUUGCAUGUUGGUUGGUACAAACUUAUUUAUCCAGGAGAUUCAUCAUGUCUAAUCCAGACUGAAUCACCUCAGGGAGAUGUGCUUUUGUAUUCUUUGUCCAUAUUCACAGCUGUGGCAACAUAUGUUGUAUUAAAGGUAGUGGACAAGAAAAUACAAAAUUUAGUGAGUGUGUGGUGAUUUAAUUCUGCAGAGCAGCACAACAAGGACUUGUUACAGAAUAACUGGCAGAGAGUGCAGCUUAGGAGGCAAAAGCACAGCCUGAGUUAACUGGUUCUGCUUUGAGAACAGAGAGGUGUAACUCUGUUCUUAAAAAAGACCUGAAGGUGUCUCUGGGACUGGAGGCUUUACAGGAGGUGUGUGUACUGAGGCUUUACACCAAGAACUGGGAGAAGCUUCCCAUUGGAGAGAAUGCCUCCUUGUGCCUGAUGGCCAAGGGAAAAGAGGUGAGUUUGAAGGCAUUUACUGCUUGGUUUUUGUUCAGGUAGCACCUGUGGAGUGGAGGCUCAGUUUUAAGAGAGCCUUUUACCUUUAACUCUGACCUGUACUGCCAUUAGUACAGAUGCCAAUCAGAGAGGCUAAUGUGUUACUUUAAUUUAAAUGCAUGAUACAUCAAAGUGUCUAAUUAAUGUUUUAAAAGUACCUUUACUGUCAAAUUCUAGUUACAUGCUGCUUUAGCCUAAUAAAUGAAAGUACUAAUUUGAGCUCCCUCUUCUGGCCCUGGCAAGCAUCCAUUCUACACAUGCUCUAUUUGGUCUUGAAAAUAAAUCAGGUUUUCACAAUGUAAUCAUAAGAAACAAACAAAUACAAAUAACAUUCAUAAAUAAAAGUGAAAAAAUUCAAACGAAAAGCUUCCAUUUUUCAGAGAGAUUAUUACAAGCUUAAUAGUGGCAGUUUACUCUAUUUUCCCUCUUAUUCCCAUUACUGUACCCAUGAGGGAAUGCAGUUCUGGAAAUCUGUGUGUGUGAAGUGAGCCUUCUCAUAGCAAAUAUUGUUAAAGGGAGAGGCUCUAAUAGUUACAAAAACUUUUAUUUUGUGUUCCUUUUGAUACUGAGAGCAUACCUUUUAGGACUGUAAAACGAUGCAUUGUUUUACAUUUUGAGUUGACAGUAUUUUUCUGUUUUAAAUGUUAGCUCUGCCAAAUUCAGUCCUACUAAACUGUACUUUGAUCAUCACAAACUGGUUUUAUUAAAGUAAUU